AUGCCGGCACCCACUCGCGCCUCGAUGUUGACGCAGCAGAGCGCGCCCGCGGAAAACUCUCUGAUUCCCAAUCGUCGUCGUGGAUCUGCCCGCCACAGACCCCCAAGGCACCCUUCCCGUCCUCCACCGUCGACUGUCGUUCAACGCCCCGGCGCACCUCCGGUCAGAGGUACUGCUGAUUCGCCAAUUGUACUCGACGAUUCUUCUCCGCACUGCGCACGCAACACGACCGAGGAGCGUGCAGCUGCAUCCAGCCCACGUGCUCCUCCAUCAACUCCCCGUCGGAGCGUGAGAAAUCGCACCCACGUUUCAAGUUACAACGAGCUAGACAGCCCCAGUACGUCGUUUGCCACUUUCGUCGCCCAUGGGCAUGUUCAGAGUCAGAUUACUCACAAAGUCCCAGCAUCUACAAUUGGCGACUUCCCGGCCAGGGAUAUCACUGCAAGCUCCCCCUCCCUUGUUGAAAGAUCAUCCCCUCUCGAUGCGAAUCGCCCUCGAGCCACGGCUCCUCCGCGACGCACACUCGACUUCUCGGCUCUGCGCACCCCGCACAUUUCGCCGUCUCACUCUGCCGUAAACGCUGACAUCAUUCAAACACCUAAUCGGCGCCCUAUUGCGAGGUUUUCUGCACCGAAAGGUCUCACCGCAGCCGGCGCAAAGUCCGAUCUUGCUGAUAUGACGCCCUCAGAUGGGGAAAUGAGGGAUAUUGAGACGGCGAGAUCUUCUGGAACGUUGCAGACCGGACCUCCCACGUCCUUCUCGAGGUUUGCAAAUAAUCUAUCACGUCAACCUUCCAGCUUCCAGAGCCUGGAAGAAUGCUUGACCCAGCAGGGAGGCUCCGCAACGGUCUCACGCACGCCAUUCACAAGUCAAUACAGCGCUAGACCUGGCCAAGGGCCGACCGCUGCACCUGUCCAGGUUUUACCAACCACUUCUACUCACCACCAUUCUACUAUUCCUGCCAUUUCCCUUCACGAUUUCGACGAUCCCGACGAAGAGAUUCACCCGUCGAAAAACACAGUGCCUAUGGGAAACCGUGCACCUCAUAGCACCCCGGCAGCAGAUGGACCGCCCAUAACGAGGGCACCUCCUAUUCUCUCAGUCGCUCUGGAGCGUCUCGACGUACAGCCCUCCUCUAGUGGUGACUGUAUGGAUGUCGUUACAACCGUGCGUCAGAUCAAACAAGAGUCUGCUCCUGAUACUCAUGAGAGUCUUUUAGAAGACCUCGAAGGUGAUCGCGUAGCGAUCGGAGGUGAAAAGAUCGCUGGCCUGGGAAAGGAGGGUGCGAUGGCUGUGAAGGUCGGCACUGCUUCACGGGAAGGAGCUAACCUCAGCGCUAACUUCACCAACUCUGCAUUCACUCACAACUCUAGCGAUAUCCACAACAUGUCCAAACAUAACAAAGCCCAGCUCAGCCCUAUCGCUGAAGAGGAGGCUGAAGAAUCUGCUAAGGGUGGAGAACUUCCUGAGGAGCUGGCUGAGGCAUCACUUGAGGACGCCAAAGCUGCGCACCAACUCGGCAGUGAGGCUAACGACGCGACAGCAAAGAAUCCAGCGACUGAUAACUUCCUAGGCUCCAGCAGCAAUGAAAUUGGCCGUCUUCGGCGAAGGAGCCCGCUCAAUCCCUCCGUCUACAAUCCAUCUCGGCGUCUGUUGGGACCAACCACCAAGAAACCGCGUAAGGGAAAACAAGAUCACAUUGGCUCGCAGACGCGCGAGUUCAACAGAUAUCUGGACACUAUUCCACUUCCUAAGGACUUCUAUGUCAGAGAAAAGGAGUAUUCGAGCCCACUUUCGAGCAAACCUGGCCUUCUUGAGCCGCCCACGCCUGUAGUGAGGGACGAGUGUGGCCCCAAAGCGCAAGAUGGUGACUCGGGUGUACAUGAGGUCAAGAGUCGCGCUCCUCGACCCAAUCCCAACGGCCCACACAACGCAAGCCUUGUCAGGAACGAGCUUCUUGGGUGUUACACUGACGCUAUUCCCAUGAGUCCUACGGCCUUGGCUCGCACGAGGAAGAACAAGGCUGCCCAGAGGGCUUCAGGUUCCGAUCGUCUCGAUACUCUACGCACAACUACGGGUACUCCGCCAGCUUCCUCAAGCCAAAACGUCGCCAAUUCUAGGGUGCAAGGCGAUAUCCGUAUCGGCGGCAGUCGUGCUCUGGAUGACUCCACUCACGAUGUUGGUUUCAGGGCAAGAGGCCGUAUUAACCGCAUGGCCGAAUAUCUUGCCGAACACGGAAAAGACCUGCCAGACAAUAACAACACCGAGAUGGCAAAUGCCGACCGUCAAACAGCAGAAGCGCGGCAUCGUCGUGGUUCUGAAGAGAUCGAACACUCUAUGCCUCGACCCAAACGCCGCCGACUUGCCAAUCGGGGCGAUAAUCAACGUCACGAGGAGAGGGCACACAAUACUGAUUUCAACCCUGCCGUCAACCAGCUGCCUACCCUUGACAGCCUCAGGCUCCCCACGCUCUCUUCUUUCGAGCCACACCCGCAUCCGACCGAGCAGCUGCCUACCCUUGCCAGUCUCAGGCUCCCCAUGCCAUCUUCUUCCAAUCGGCGCGCUCAAUCCGCCGACCCACGAAUGGAGAUAUCUGAGACGAGUACGGCUGCUGCUUCUCUUGGGCCUCAUGCCAUGCACACUCCGGACCGUGGCGACGAACACUGA